ACCACGGAGCACCGCACUGCACCGGAGGAAGCAAAUCGAAACUCCUCAAUGAGUUCACCUUCACAUGCAUAGUUUGUCCGCUCUUCACCGAGGAACCCGCUCCAGUCGUCCGCAGUCUCGACACAAUGAAUGGUUCGCUGCACUCUCCACCCAACGUGGUGGACGUCAAACUGAAGCGAGGCUCCGCAGGCUUGGGGUUUAAUAUAGUUGGGGGCUUGGACCAGCAGUAUGUGGUGGAUGACAACGGCAUAUAUGUUUCCAAGAUUAAAGAAGAUGGAGCUGCAGCUUUGGACGGAAGACUCCAGGAGGGGGACAAGAUACUGGCGAUCAACGGAGUCAAGCUUGAGGACCUAACACACCGAUCUGCAGUGGAUCUGUUCAGGAUUGCAGGAGAGGACGUGGAGCUCCGUGUUCUGAAAAAGUUCCCUAAUCACGUGAACGGACCUACAGGCCCCCAACCCCAACCCGAGGCCAAAUCUCCUGUGUCUACUCUGGAAGUACUGGCUAUUGUAGCCGGAGCUGCAGCUAUCUGUGCGUUUAUUUACGUGCGGCUCCAGAGGAAGCACUUUUAACGAAGCCAACGUUGUCUGUUUUAAGAUCAAAAACUUUACCAAAGGCCAAAGAAAAGAAAGUGGGAUCAAACUCUAAACGGUAGACGCUAUUAUUUUUUUAUUUUUUAUUAUUAGCUGUUGAUGUCACUGAUGAGUUUCUCCAUGUUCAUGUGUAUUAUGUGAUUAUUGGUAGCUUCUUGACACCUUUCCUAUGCAAAAUGAUGCUCUCUUACCACAGAGAUUACUUUUAAUGGAAGAAGAAGGAUGUAUAUUCCUGUUGUCGGGCUGAGCCCAGGCAGAAACAAACGGCAGUCGUAUGCAGAAUAUUAUUAAAGCCUUGGGUCAGACUGGCUUAAGCUUCAGGGUUCAAUUACAAACUGAAAGGCAGUGUUGUGUUCAGUCACUCGCAGGCCUCUGUGCACCUCCAUCCCUGAAUGGCAGAUCUGUCUGAGGCCAGACUCUAGAGGAACCCACUGUACUUUCAGUCCAUCAGAGUUUUUUAAAAUUGAAUGCAAUCGGGUUUGAUUUUCAUUUUGCACCAUUGCACAGAAUCAUGGGAGGAGUGGCAACCUGCUGUGCUGAAACAGCCGGUAGUUAAGAUGAUAAAUUGUGUCUUGUAAUUGACUUCGGAGUGCCUUUUCCUGUCUAUUCCAAGUAAUGGCGGUGUUUUGUUUCUUGUUGCUCCUUAUCAUGAUCAAAGUGAAAA